AUGUGUGAUGCAAGUGAUUAUGCAGUAGGAGCAGUACUUGGGCAAAGAAAAGACAAGAAGCUACAUGUGAUCUAUUAUGCCAGCAGAACGCUUGAUGAGGCACAAUGCAAGUAUCUUUUAUCUAAGAAAGAUGCCAAGCCAAGAUUGUUGAGAUGGAUACUACUACUGCAAGAAUUUGAUCUUGAGAUCAAAGAUAGAAGAGGAGCAGAUAAUGGAGUAGCUGAUCACCUUUCAAGGAUGAGAGUUGAAGAAAAUCUACCUCUUGAUGAUAGGCUACCUGAAGAAACAGUUUAUGCAGCUGAAGCAGCAAUAAGCAUGGACAACUAA